AUGCCACCACACGGCAGGCAAUUGCACUGCAACAGGCUGAGUGGCACCAUUCCCGCCUUCAUUACCCACCUCUCUGGACUCACCACCCUGUGCGCCCAUUCUCUCUCCAUCCCCUCUCUCCCAUUCUCUCUCCAUCCCCUCUCUCCCAUUCUCUCUCCAUCCCCCUCUCUCCCAUUCUCUCUCCAUCCCCCUCUCUCCCAUUCUCUCUCCAUCCCCCUCUCUCCUAUUCUCUCUCCAUCCCCCUCUCUCCCAUUCUCUCUCCCAUUCUCUCUCCAUCCCCCUCUCUCCCAUUCUCUCUCCAUCCCCUCUCUCCCAUUCUCUUUUCAUCCCCUCUCUCCCAUUCUCUCUCCAUCCCCUCUCUCCCAUUCUCUCUCCAUCCCCCUCUCUCCCAUUCUCUCUCCAUCCCCCUCUCUCCCAUUCUCUCUCCAUCCCUCUCUCUCCCAUUCUCUCUCCAUCCCCCUCUCUCCCAUUCUCUCUCCAUCCCCCUCUCUCCCAACCUCUCUCCACACCCCUCUUUCCCAUUCUCUCUCCACCCCGCUCUCUCCCAUUCUACCUACGCCCUUAGCUUCGUUCUGCAUACCACUCACUCCCCUUGAUCAUCCCUUCCUUCCACCUCCCUGCAUUCAGUGGCUCUUCUUCCUUUCUCCCUCGCCUCUCUUCCCCUCUCCACCUUCCCAUCUCCGCCCAUCUCCUCACCUUCCUCCCCCUUUCCGCCCUCCGCCCACCCUCUUCAUGCUCCAGGAAACUUCGGAGCAACAGCAGUCUCUCAGGCUCCAUUCCAGAGGCAAUCAGCAGCCUCAAGCAGCUAAGGGAGUUGUGAGUGGUGAUGGGGAGUUAACCCUCUUUGACAACGGUCUCUCAGGCUCCAUUCCGGACGCAAUCAGCAGCCUGCAGCUGCUGCAGGAGUUGGACCUCCACUGCAACAGGCUGAGUGGCACCAUUCCGGCCUGCAUCACCCACCUCACCGCACUCACCAGCCUGUGCGCCCAUUCUCCCUCCACCCCCCCGUCCCCCUCUCCGCUCUCCAUGCCUUCUUUCCGCCUGCCUCUCUCUGCCAAGCAUUGGGGGUCUGUGUCCCUCAAGGCACAAACCUUUCAGCAACAGCACUCAUACUUUUCCAAGGCACCAUAUCUGCUUUCUUAUCCUCCACACCUCCUCACUUCUCCUCCACUUCUCCUCUCCUCCUCUCCUCUUCUCCUCCUCUCCCCCUCCUCCUCCCCUCUUCUCCUCUUAUCCUCGUCCCAACUUUCCCUCUUCGUCUCUUCUCCUCGUCACCUCUUCCCCUCUUCGUCUCUCCUUUCCUUCAUGUCCAUUCAUCCACCUGUCUUCAGGAUGCUCAACGCCAAUCACCUUGCAGGGACGAUACCUGCUGCAAUCACCACGCUCACUAAUCUCGAAAUCCUCCACCUUGAGAACAACCAGCUUACGGGAGAGCUGCCCUCCUUCCACCACAUAGCCCGUCUCACUUCGCAAUACGGACUGUCUGCAGACCACAACUACCUCACAUCCACAGCAGACCCUUUCCCUUUCUACGCUACCGGCCAAGACAGCCCUUCAGAAUCUCACAGCUUGUGUCUGUUCGACCACAACUGCCUUGAAAACGACGCAAUCUCCUGCGCCAGUUGGCAGAACCAGAGGUAUGGCAGCGAGUGCCGGGCGUUCUGCGGGGCGCAGCCGCUCACCCCGCCGUGCAGCGGCCAUGGCGUGUGCUCCUUUGUGCCUGACCCCUCUUACGACAUGUCUGCCUGUGAGGAUGAGCAUGAGCUGCCGCCACCCUACUGUGCACGUGAACCUGAGGGCCAGUGCGACUGUGAUGAGGGGUACACGCCAGGGACUGCUGCUGGCACGUGCGUCCCUCAUGGCAUUGCAGCCGUGGGGGUGACUCUAGCCCUUGCUGCCCGACAAGCUGCCAUGGGUGCGGAGAUCAAUUGCUAG